GUUCCUGAGCGUAAAUCGAUCACAAGCAACUUCCAAGUGAAACAGUGUACUCUCCGCAGUCAGUUCGCUACCUCGAAAACCUCACUCACAAUGUUCAAGUUCCUGAUCCUGGUGGCGCUGGUUCCAGCUGUGAUGCUGCAGAACGCCGACAACAUCAACUACGACAACUGGGAUGUCAUUCCGUUCCGUCCGUGCGCCGGAGCCCGCCCGCCACCGGCCACCCUCCGCAUCGAGAACUGCCCCCAGAUGCCCUGUGAGCUGCGCCGUGGAUCCAGCGCCAUGAUGGUCAUGGACUACACCUCCCUGACCGAUGCCACCGCGCUGCGUCCGGUCGUCACCGCUAUCGCCCUGGGAAUCACCGCUCCCUACGAGCUGCCCGCGAACAUUGCCGCCGCCUGCAACUGGCUGGUCGGAGCUCGCUGCCCAACCUCGGUCGGAGAGGACCUCAGCUGGCAUCUGACCAUGCCGAUCACCGCCAUCUACCCGCUGGUGUCCGUUACCAUCGAGAUUGACCUGCAGGACCAGGACGGCCAGACGCAGGGAUGCUUCGUCGUCGACACCCGUGUGGUGGCCAACUAAAGGUCUGCUCUCUCGCUUUCUUUCGCUGGAAAUGCAAAUGCACUGAAAACACAAAACACUUGGAGUCAUUCAACAUCUUUUUUUAGCGGUAGAGUAUUUAACAAUUUUUUUAUACGAAAAAUAUAGCAUCUGACUGAGUU